GAAGCAGUCACCUGGAAAAUUCAGUCAUUCAUUAUAAUUCUGUUUUGAAAAAUUUAUUUAUUAAACCUUUUUUUAUAAUUCCAUUAUAAUUCGGAAUGAGUAUAUAUAGCCUUAAAGGCUUAAAUGUGCGUUUCUGCCGGCAGGCCUACAUAUUGGCACAUGUCCGGGCAGGAGUUGUUCCGAUGCCGGGCCGCACCAAAUUGAGGUUAAGUUUAUGUGAGUGCAGUGAUCAGCAGCUAAAUAGUAGUCGAGGAUAUGCAAUAAACAACACAGGCGCAACAAUUGAUGAACUAAAUGGACUAAAACCAUAUCUUCUUGCAGCCAUAACGCCGUUACGCAGUAGUCACAACAACUUAUAUCAAAUGACGGGCGGCUCUAAAUGUGGUGUGAAAAAUGCUGAAUUACUACAAGCAAAAGACUGCAAUAUAAGUAAAAGAAAAAAUGUAACUUCUGAUAAGAAGCCAUGUGACGGUGAAGGAGCAGGUGGUUCAGGUAGUAAAAAGGGUGCGCCAAGUGGCGGUUCGAUUAUGGGAGAUGAUGAGGCAACCAGAAAAACUAGAAUGCUACUAGCUUUAUUGGCGGCGCUAGGUCUAGGUGGUUUGCUUUUAUGGUUAUUAACAAGGCGAAAACAGAAGGUCGCCGAUAGCACAGAAUGCGGUAAACCUGCAGCGAUUUCAUCCACAGUGCCAGCGACCUCUGCUGAAUUGCCAAAACACGUACCAUAUUUGCUGAUCGGAGGUGGUACAGCAGGUUUCUCAGCAUUCCGUGCCAUCAAAUCAAAUGAUCCGCGUGCGAAGGUGCUUAUGAUAACAAACGAAUCGCGAAAACCUUACAUGCGUCCGCCACUUUCUAAAGAACUUUGGUAUUCAGCGGAGAAGGGUGAAGUUACAAAAGACUAUCGUUUCAAACAAUGGACCGGCGCUGAAAGAAGUUUAUUCUUUGAGCCCGAGGAGUUCUUUGUAGACCCUACGAAACUAAUGGAAACUGUAAAUGGUGGAAUUGCCGUUGCACAAGGGUUCACCGUCAAAAAGAUUGAUGCAGCCAAACAUAUCGUAACUUUAGCUGAUGGUUAUGAAAUUACUUAUGACGAAUGUUUGAUAGCGACAGGUUGUGCGCCGAAAAGUCUCGAUGUUUUUGCACAAGCAACUCCGGGUGUUAAGGAGAAAGUUAUGGUGUAUCGCAGUCCGGAUGAUUUUGAACGUUUAAAACGUUAUGCCGAUGAAAAGAAAUCCAUUACAAUUGUGGGGAAUGGCUUUACUGGCAGCGAGUUGGCCUGCUCACUGGCAAACUAUGCCAAAGAUAAGAAAGUGAAAAUAUAUCAAAUAUUUCCGGAAUCUGGAAAUAUGUCAAAAGUGCUACCGACCUACUUAAGUAACUGGACUACUGCCAAAGUGGAAUCAAUGGGUGUGUGUGUCAUGCCGGAGACUUCUAUUAAAAAUGCGCAACGCGAUGAAGCAGCGCUCAAGCUGGUGCUCAAUAAUGGAAAGAGUCUUUUAACUGAUGUGGUUGUUGUGUGCGUUGGAUGUGAACCAAAUACAAGCAUAGCGUUAACCUCAGGUUUGGAGGUCGAUAAGAGUUUGGGCGGUUUUGUGGUUAAUGCCGAACUAGAAGCUAGACGAAAUUUGUUUGUGGCGGGGGAUGCAUCCUGCUUUUACGAUCCGUUGCUGGGCAGGCGACGUGUGGAGCACCACGAUCAUUCCGUGGUGUCUGGUAGAUUAGCGGGUGAAAAUAUGGUUGGCAAAAAGAAAGCCUAUAAUCAUCAAAGUAUGUUUUGGUCCGACUUGGGUCCAGAGGUCGGUUAUGAGGGUAUCGGCCUUGUUGAUGCUUCCUUACGCACAGUUGGUGUAUUCGCAUUGCCAACACCAAGUCCAGAACGACGUACCGAUAAUUUAAGCGAAACAGCUGUUAUGGAGGGUGGCGGCAGUGGCAGUACAGUAACUGUGAAUCCGGAAACACCGGACGUUAAGUGUGAUCCAAAAGAUGCUGACGAAUAUGGGCGUGGUGUUAUAUUCUAUAUGAAAGAUGAUAAAAUAGUCGGCAUUCUGUUGUGGAAUCUAUUUAAUCGUAUUGGUUUGGCGCGAACAAUUAUAAAUCAAAAUAAGAAAUAUGACGAUUUAAAUGAAGUGGCGAAACUUUUCGAAAUUCACGCGUAGUUCCGCGCAAUGCAUUAAACAAAUUCGGUAAUGUUUAAUAAUAAUUUGGUUAGGUAAAAAUGUUUGUUACCGUUAGUUAAUUACAAGUGUAAAUUUGCAAUGUACAAUUUGAAAAAAAACGAAACAUCAACUACCUUUAAAAAUAUGCAUUUCGAUUCAAAUCAAUACACACACAUAAAAGCAAAAACCACCAAAAAUUAAAAGUGUGUUGCUUUGUAAUUUAAGGACCCUCGUAGCUGCCAGCAGCAUGGGUCGUCAAGCCGGAAAAGCAUUUUUAGAAAAUUGUUUGGAAUGCUAAAUAUGUACGCAAAUGGUGCACUACUUGCCUAGCAUUUAAGCUUUAUCACAAGAAAACGAAAGCAAAUGAUGGUAUUCGUACACUGCUUUUAUUAUAAGAAAUCCUAAUUGAAACCAAAACACAAAAACAAAUACUUAAAAAAUAUACUUAUUUUUUAUUUGCACAGUAUGGCAAAGUGCACCCUUUAUUUUAUGCCUUUGGCAUAGAUGAAGUGUUUCUGAAAAUGACGAGGUAGUAUAAAUAUUAGAAUAAAAUAGAACUGUUGAAAAUAAA